AUGUCUACACAGCUUACUCCGAUUAUGGAAAUCAAUCAGGCAACUCACAACCGGUGGACAGCCCUUGUACAAAUCUUAGAAUGUCAGCACGUUUUGCAAACUAAAAAAGGGUCUUCUUACAAACGACUGAUGUUAACAGAUUCUGAAGGCUUAAAGUUCACAGCAAUUAUUUACAGUGAGAAUUUACAUUACUAUGCAAGAACAUUCACACAAUACAGGAGGUAUCGCAUCUCAAAUGCGUUUGUCAUCCCAUGUGAUCCAAGAUAUGCAGUUAGCUUAUAUGAAUUUUCAUGGGUGCUCAAUAAGCGAACGCUUGUACAAGAACAUCCUGAUCGCAAUCCGGUGAAUUUACCUUGUACUUUUGAAUUCACUCCAUUUACGAGGCUCCAUGAACAUGCUGAAUCAGACCAUCUUCAAAAUGUCAGAGGCAUCGUUGUGCGAUGUUUGCCCAGUUAUGAAGAAGGUUCUGACCUUGUCAGUCGGAGAGAUGUGAUUAUCAUCAACGAAGAAAAACUGCCUUUGGUGAUCACUCUGUGGAACCAAUUCGAUGAACAUGAGGGUAAUAUGUUGCAGUCAAUGCAAGGCCCACCCCCUUUGUUCUUUGGACUGAGGCUGAAAGUCACAACUUUUAACUCCAUCUCUUUAACAACGAAGCCAAAUUCAGGUUUGCUUAUCAAUCCACCGGUUAGUGACAACUUGCAAUUACGCACCUGGUACAAUAACAACCGCAAGGAAAUAAAUGACUUGCUAUCAGUCACAAACUACCGAAGAAACUAUUUCCUUCUACCAUAUCCAGCUGAAACAAACAUAUCUUCUAUUCUUUCUGCAACUUCACGUUUCGACACUGUCAAGGUUAACUGUUUGAUUGCCGAUGAAAGUGGAGUGAUGAAAGCAAAUUUACACACACCUGAAGUUGAAAAGUUUAUACCUUUCUCUCCAAAAGAUGUGCAAAUCAGUGAAGAAACUGGUGAGACUCUAUGCAAUUCCAUUGCCAUUGCAAUCAACUCUGUUUAUAUUGUUGCUUUCGUUCGUGCAUACGAAGUGCAUUUUCAAGGAACAACAUACAUCAAAGUGAAUAUUGUUAAAGCUUACAAAGUAAAUGAUCCUGCUGCUGUGUCAAAUGAGUCUGAUAACAUGGUCCAUAGAUCAAACAUCGGUGAAGGCACAUCAACAACCAAAAAUGUGUCUUCUGUUGCAGCCACAGUUCCUUUGCCAUCGGCUGCUGAAAUUGAAAAACCUGUUGAAGUUAAGAAUUCAAAGCAAGUUCCUGUCACAUGCUUGCUUCCAAACAAUAAGCCAGAACCAAUUCUAAUGACAAAACAUCUUCUUCCAGAAAUUCCAAGUUCUAGCUCCUCUCCAUUUGAACAAAAAGUUUCUGAAUCAGUCCCACCUUUAGCACUUCCUGUGAAAGAAGAUGUUCCUCAGGCAAGCAAUCCAAGGCCCUCUAAAAAAACAAAGUAA